AAAAAUUGUUGUCGUCCUGAGUCCUGAAUAGUUUAAGGUGAUCGGUUUGGAUAGCUACUUACAUCUCAAUUUUCUAACCUAGUAAUGUCUCAAUCAGGAGAUCGCCUAAAGCAGUUAGAGGAGAUCGAAAAGGAUGUAGUGAAAGUAAUAAGGAGUGCAGGAGAAACCUUAGAAGAACUUUCGAAAGACGCACCUUCAGAAGAUCGUAUCAAUUCAACAGCUACGAAGUUCCUAAAGUCUUUAGAGGGUGUAGAAAAAGGCCUAACUGAACAGAUUGGUUACCUGACCCAAGUUGCCACUGGCCAACCACAUGAAGGAUCUACUUAUGGAGCUGAAAAGGAUUUUGAGUUAUUGCGCUGCAGAACAAAAGCUAUUAAAGAUCAGUUGGUAGAGAUUCAACGUCAAGGGACACUUCAAGUAUCAGACAUAAAUUGAUAUGCGUUUCUCAAGAGACUCUUUGGUCCUCUACUCUCAGUUAGCUCUUAACUUGAGGAUGCAGUGGGUGCAGUGAUGCCUGUAAUGAUCUUCAACAUUGAAUCAAUGGAGCCUGUGAACUUCAGUCUUGACUGAAUCUAUAAUGUUCCAGGCCCAGUUGUGUAAAAAGCAGAUAACUCUAUCCAAUGGAUAAAUUACAAUCCAACCGAUAAGUGAUACCAAAUUGUAUAGCAUUAUUCACUGGAUAGAGUUUUAUCCAGUGGAUACCAAUAGCAUUAUCCAACUUUUGAACAACUGAGGCAUGGAGUUUAGUUGUUUCAGAUAUUAAUUAGAGAGAAAGCAAAGGUAUUUUAAAGAGUCUAAGGAAGGGGUGCAGAAUUAUCAAGUGUCUUUAAAGCAAUAUCUAGUCAUCCUUCUGUUUCACAUGAGGAUACAAGAAGAUUUGGAAGGAGAAUUAAGAAUUUAGUCAGAAGUUACACAAGGCUUUCUUUGGUGAACAUGUCUUCAGUGAAAGGAUGAAAAUAGUCUGUGAUGAAAAAUAAUGAAAAGGGAAUGGGAGGUGAAUGAUAAAAAUAGAAUACAAAAAUAGCAACAUUUGUCUAAGAAAUAACAUGUGCAGACAAAGAGGAAGUAGACUUGAAUAGAAUGCAAAUUCUGUAGGAACUUGCUAAAAAAGACAAAGUUAUUCACAAUUCAGAAAUCAUGAUGUACAUGCAGUUCCAGAGCAUUAUGGAAUAGUAUGGGAAUAGGGCACCUAAUCAAGAGCCUUUUUCAGUGAGUUAUUUACUUACUGUGUUAGUAUCUGUGAACCACUUCCUGGACAGAUCAAUAGAGUACUGAAUUAAAUUGUUUUUAAUCCUCCUCAAAAACUUUUUUGUUUUUGGCUUACAUAAGCUGUGUAUCUCUUCAGUUGAACCUCAUUUUUCAAACUGUCAUCUUAACUUCAUGGUAAGCUAGGUAAUGCGGUUCUCUGAUAACACUGUGUUCCCUGUAUCAUGAAAUUAUUUAGCACAUUAUUUUCAUAGAUAAUGUAUUAUUUAGCUCCUCAUUGUUGUAAUCUUAGCUACGAGAGGGAUCACAUCUUUUCUCUCUCAGAAUUUGAGACACGCUAUAUUGAAGUUUACUGUUUUACAGAAAUAUCAAACGGCACACAACAAACUGUUACGGUUUGUCACGUUUUAUCGACAAAUCACUCUUUGAAUUACUGUCUAAUUACUAUCUUUAAUAAUGUUUUCUUCUGGCUACAAGCCAUUAACUAAUUUAGAUGCAAUCCUUCGUGGCUUUAGAGUUUUUAAAACUCUUGGAAAUUGUAAAUAAACCCUUUAAAGCAGUAA